AUUGAGAGAGAGAUAGAGAGAGAAAGGAGUGUGGGGGCAAAGGUGCAGCGUUUGGUCUCUGCAAUACUCAGCAAACACUCCUUUUUUAAAGUGUCUCCGGUCUUCUUCUUGUCCCCCUCUUCUCUCUUCCUCCUUUUCCGGCUGUCUUUUUUUUUUCUUUUUCUUUUUUUCUGUUUCACCUUUUUAAAUUUUUUUUUUACAUUUUUAUUUUUCUCCCUUUACACCGUUUCAUUUUUCCGGCGCCGGAAAGAAAACAACAUUUCAAAUCAACACACACAAUAUUACAGUUUAACUAAAAAACAUUCAUUCAUUCAUUUCAUGAUCUACUGCUGUUACUGAAAUCUGAUAUCAUGUGUUAGCUUCUAGUUUUUAAAAUUUUUUUUUUUUUCUCAUUUUGAAGUCAUUUGAUCAGUUUUCUUCAGCAAUGAAGAAUACCGGAUCUAAUUUAACCUCCGUGAAUGUUGACGAAGGUGGAGAGAAAAAGAGUGUAAUAAAUCCAGAGUUAUGGCAAACAUGUGCUGGACCAUUAGUGAACUUACCUGCUGCCGGAACUCACGUUGUUUAUUUUCCUCAAGGCCACAGCGAACAGGUUGCGGCAUCUAUGAAGAAGGACGUUGAUUCUCAAAUUCCAAACUAUCCAAAUCUCCAAUCAAAGCUAUUAUGCUUACUUCAUAAUGUCACAUUGCAUGCUGACCCAGAAACAGAUGAAGUUUAUGCUCAGAUGACACUGCAACCCGUUUCUUCGUUUGAUAAAGAAGCUUUAUUGAGGUCAGAUCUUUCAACAAAAAUGAAUAAGCCACAAACACAGUUUUUCUGCAAAACGUUGACUGCAAGUGACACAAGCACCCAUGGUGGAUUCUCUGUACCUCGUCGGGCAGCAGAAAAGAUCUUCCCCCCUCUGGAUUUUUCAAUGCAACCACCUGCACAAGAACUUGUAGCAAGGGAUUUACAUGAUACCCAAUGGACGUUUCGUCAUAUAUAUCGUGGGCAACCAAAACGGCACUUGCUCACAACUGGUUGGAGCCUUUUUGUUAGCGGAAAGAGGCUUUUUGCUGGGGACUCGGUCUUGUUUAUUAGGGAUGAAAAUCAGCAGCUGCUACUGGGUAUCAGACGAGCUAACAGACAGCCAACCAAUUUAUCUUCGUCAGUUUUAUCGAGUGAUAGCAUGCACAUUGGGAUUUUGGCUGCAGCUGCCCAUGCAGCUGCAAACAACAGCCCUUUCACUGUCUUUUAUAAUCCAAGGGCUAGUCCGUCAGAAUUUGUCAUCCCGUUAGCCAAGUACUAUAAAGCUGUUUGCAGUAACCAAAUAUCUCUUGGCAUGCGCUUCCGGAUGAUGUUUGAAACCGAAGAGUCGGGAACAAGAAGGUAUAUGGGUACAAUUACAGGUAUCAGUGAUCUUGAUGCUGUUAGAUGGAAGAACUCGCAAUGGCGAAACCUGCAGGUUGGAUGGGAUGAGUCGACUGGUGGUGAAAGGCGUACCCGUGUUUCAGUUUGGGAGAUUGAACCCGUCACAGCUCCUUUUUUUAUUUGCCCAACACCUCCUUUUUACCGGCCAAAGCGUCCAAGGCUACCCGGAAUGCCAGAUGAUGAAUCUGCUGACCUAGACAAUUUAUUCAAGAGAACCAUGCCUUGGCUCGGUGAAGAUCUUCCCACUAAAGAUCCCGGUUUAAGCUUAGUCCAGUGGAUGAACAUGCAGCAAAGCUCCUCACUGUCUAACCCGUUACAACCAAAUUACUCGAACUCGUUAUCUGGAUCCGUUUUGCAAAAUUAUGGGAUGCCACAAAUGCUUACUCAAAACAACUUGCAAUUUAGUAGUUCAAGGUCAACACAGUUUGAUCAACUUCAAAAGCUACCACAGUCUACCACCAUGAGCCCAUUAGUCUCGAUGAUGCAGCCUCAACAACUGUUGAAUGAUCCAAGUCAGCAACUUAUUAGACAAAAUUCGAUCAAUCAAACGCUUCCUCAAAACCAAAUGCAGUCCCAAAGUCAUCCUCAGAAUGUGAUGCAGCAGCAGUCUUCAAUGCAGAAUCAUCACCUCUACAGAAAUCUUCAACAGCAGCAGGCAAUGGGAGCGAGUCAAAGUCAUAUUCAAACUCAAAGUCAAAGUCAACAGAAUAGCUUGUUACCACCUCAGUUUUCGGAUCAACAAAUUAGUCAACAAUUACAGAUGCCCGAUAACCAAAUUCCUCUUCAACUUCUACAGAAGUUUCAUCAGCAGCAACAAUCAUUAUUGGCUCAGCAAUCUGCGCCACAGCAGCCACACGAUCAGCAGAAAUCAAUGCUGGAUGCAGGUCAAAGUUUAUCGAGGUCAAUGUCAACAAGUCAAACAAUGGACACCAGUCAAACAGCAGUCACACCCCAGUCUCAACAUAUGUCAAGAAACAAUAGCCAGGCAAGUCUUCGGUUUUCUCAUCUCUCCCAGCAACCAAAACUUCAUCCUACCAAUCAGAUUUCAACAAAUGGCAGCAGCUUAUUGACCGGGGCUGCAGGUAUUGGUCAAUCUGGGAUCACGGAUGAUGUCCCAUCGUGUUCCACCUCUCCUUCCACAAAUAAUUGCCCAAACAUGGUUUCAUCAAUGACUAAUACAACACAUGUAAUUAAUAAUGGUGUAGAAAGUCAAACUAUAUCAGCAAAUGUCAACUCUGCUAAAGGUUCUCCUUUGGUCAACGUCUCGAAAAGUCACAGUCAGGGAUUUUUGGCGCCCAUGACAUAUUUGAACAACAUGAACGGAGCGCAGAUGGAUUUCUUGGAUAGUUCAUCAUCAGCCACUUCAGUUUGCGUUCCUCAAAACGAUAUUCAUGUACAAAAUCAAAACCAUAAUCAAUUGUCUUCCAAUUCACAGCCAGCAAUUCAAGAUGAUGAAGUUCAAAAUGUUCCAUUUGGGGUCAAUAUUACUAACCAUAUGGGAAUGCCAUCGAUGAUUCUUGACCCUUUGUCCACAAAAAGUAUGGUGGGACCCAGUAAGGAUUUUCAAAAUGAUCUCAGCCCAGAAGGCAUAAUACAGCCUGAACUCUCUUCAUCAAUGGUUUCUCAGUCGUUUGGAGUUCCUGACAUGCCCUUCAACCCUAUCGACUCCAACUUAAGCGACAGCGCUUUGUUGAGCAAUGAUGUGUGGGCUCCGCCUCCGCAACAGUUUCAACGAUUGCGGACAUAUACCAAGGUUUACAAGCGUGGAGCAGUUGGAAGAUCUAUUGAUAUUUCUGCUUACACGGGUUAUGAGGGUCUGAAACAAGACCUGGCUCGAAGGUUUGGUAUAGAGGGUCAACUAGAGGAUCGGCAACGAGUUGGCUGGAAACUUGUAUAUGUGGAUCAUGAGAAUGAUGUUCUUCUAGUUGGAGAUGACCCUUGGGAGGAGUUUGUGAGCUGUGUUCGGUGCAUCAAAAUCUUGUCACCACAGGAAGUCCAGCAGAUGAGUUUGGAUGGAGAUUUUGGUGGGAACAGUGUUCUUCAAAACCAGGCUUGCAGCAGUUCUGAUGGAGGAAAUGUUUAAAAUAUAAUCGUCUAACUUUUAGUUAGGAAUUUGUUCUUACAUAGCCAACUUUGGGAUCCUGUGUUUUGGCAGUUAUAUAGCCAUAGAAGGGUGGUCUCCUUUCCAAACAUCUCAAAAGCAUCUUAAGGCUGAAUCCUGAGAAAUGGAGGGAAGAGAAUGGUAACUUUUUAUUCUUGGUUUAGAAGUUAAGUUUGACAAUUCUAAAAGACAAUGGCGUCAAGAUGAUGAAUAGUUUUAUAAAGUUGUAUCAUUUAGGUAGAGCAUUGAAAGUGUAUAGAUGUGCCUCGUAAAUGAGAACUGCUCAAUGCUUUUCGAGUUUUUGUUAUCCAUAACUGUCUUGUAUUGUAUAACAAUGACCACGAUACGAUACGUUUUAUUAGGUGACUUGUUUA